AAAGGGCAAUUUCAACGCGGAUUCUCUCCUACGCGGUAAAGCCGCAACGGUCCCAUUUCACAAUAUUAAAUCUUCAACUGUCCUGCUUUAAGGAUAGCGGUCCUUUUCUCGUCUCGGCUUUGUCGAAGACUCGAGCUAGAACCCAAGUGAAGUAAAAGGGGCUAUCUGGGUUCUCGACUUGUUUGUGUUUCAGAUUCCGACAAUGGAUCUCCGUGAAUCGAUCAGGAGGCAAACCGACGUAACCUUGAGCCUGACAAAGCACGUGCUCCAGACCGAAGCCAAGGACUCCAACCUUGCGUUCUCGCCGCUGUCGAUCCACGUGGUGCUCAGCAUGAUCGCGGCCGGCUCGAGGGGCCCCACCCUCGACCAGCUCCUCUCUUUCCUCAAGUCAACAUCCAACGACCACCUCGGCUCCUUCUCCUCCGAGCUCGUUUCCGUUGUGUUCGCCGACGGUAGCCCCGCGGGUGGGCCCCGGUUGUCGUUUGCCAACGGUGUUUGGAUAGACAAGUCUCUCCCUCUCAAGCCUUCUUUCAAACAGGUUGUGGAUAAUGUCUACAAGGCUGCUUCUAAUCAAGUCGAUUUCCAAACCAAGGUAGUAGCUUCUUUAUUUUCGAAACAAUGGACCUCCGUGAAUCGAUCAGAUGGAGAUAACCGUCGGUUCUCCUUUUACAUCUGUCUUCCAGAGGCAAAAGAUGGGCUGCCAAACUUGAAAUUAAUGUCUGAUUCGACAGUGGGUCAAAAACCUAGGCUCCGCUGCUGUCACAGCAGGUCUCUACAAACUCUUCUGUUCACUGCCAAUGACUUUGUAGCUGCUGACCAUCCUUUCCUUUUCCUGAUCAGAGAAGAUGUGACUGGAGUUGUUCUGUUUGUAGGACAUGUGCUCAAUCCUCUUGAAAGCAGAACCAGUCUGCCAUAUACCGGAGAAUACGUAUGAAUAGAUCUUGCCUAG